AUGACGGAAGAAGAUGAACAAAAAUUAGUAAUUCCUUCAGUUGUUCGUUGGGAAUUAUCAUUCCCAAAUGAAGCUUUUGUAUAUCAACUCUCACAGGAAAUUAAUUCUGAACGUGAGAGGAGCUUGUCAAUAGCCCGCGAAUUGGAACAAGAAAAAAGGAAGAAUGAAGAGCUAGAAAAAUAUUUAGCUUCCUUAGUGAAUUCGAAGCCAGGUGUUCCUAGGGUGGAAAGUAAUAAUUCUAUUGCGAGCACUGCUCCAGAUUUAAAUGAUGAAAAACCUCUUAUAGGGGCUUAUUCUGCCGAAAUUCGAAAGCAGAAAAUUCUAAAGUAUAAGCAAAAGAUGGUAAGAUAUCGACAAAAAGUGCGACUUUCACGAAAGUUUGGAGGAAGAAGCAAAGUUGCUAAACAAAAACUGAGGAUCAAAGGGAAAUUUGUGAAGAGUAUUGACAAUAUUUAG